AUGGCUGAACCUAAAGCUGAAUCACGCAAAAAUCAAGACUCAAGGCAAAAUCUCUGAAAAUUUAAAAAAGAAAAAUCAAUCAAGGACUCAAUUUUUGAAUUUUAUUGCAGGCUCUUUAAUAGGACUAGAAAUCAAGAAGAUUCUGUUACAAGACAAAAACUGAUAAUAGCGAUUGAGGGUACGAUAUGAUGCCUUCAAGUUAUUAGCUUACUAUAUGUCCCUGAUAUGCCUAUUACUAAUUGAAAAAAUAAUAUGAUCAUAUGAGAAGUCAUAGGACACAUAAAAAUUGAUAAUACCUGCUCAGCAUUAGGAAUAAUUGAUGAGUGCUUUUUUAUAUUACUUUCCUUUACUUAUGCAAGCUUUACAAGUGUUAUUAUUUUGGUCAUAGCUAUUUAUUACUCUUACAGCUUGCCAUCUCAAGUCUUUACUAUUUUAUAUUAUCUUUUUUAUUUAUGAUCGAUUUUUUUUUUAAUUCCGUCGAUUGAGAUUUUCUCGCUUUUCUUCAAGUAUAAUUUUUUGUCUCAAAAUAAAAUUUCAGAAUAUGAAGAUGGAAAGCAGCUAGCUGAUUUUGAAGUCGGCUCUAUAUGAAAAAUUACAAUUAUUUUUCUAUUGAUAUUUGGGUUUAUAUUGUAUUUAUUUUAUACAGAAUUUUCGGCUGAAAUAAGGCAUUCUGCUAUAGAGAAAAAUUUGAAUGCAAAGGCACAUUCAAGGAUUGAUACUCAUAUAGCAAUUUUUACUUAUAUUUUUCCAAUUGCUUUUGCAUUAUUCGCUAAAGAUCAUAUAAUUUAUUUACAAAUUUUAGCGAUUUUUUUUUCAAUGAUUUUACUCAAAGAAACUGCAAACCUUUUACCUUAUUUUUCGAUAUUUUGCAAUACAGUUAUUAUUCUUAGACUAUGUUUUAUUGCUUUAUUCUCCUUUAUUUUUAUUUUGGGGCGCCUUAUGGACAACUCAUUAGCUAUUUCCCUCCUAUUAAUUAUAUUGGGACCUUUGUCUUCUGUAUUUAUCAUUCAAUUUUCUAUCAAGUUACAAACAAAACCAAAUAAAGACAUACCUGAAAACUUGAAUAAAAUAAAUUCCCAAUAUGAUUUAGAAAAAUCAAUUAGACACGAAUUGUGCUCAAAUAGUACUGCACAUAAGGAUGAAAUAAUUAAGAUAUUUGAGAAUUUCUUUAUAGAAAAAAGGCUAAAUGGAAACAAACUUCAAGCUAUAUGAGCUGCAAAUUACUGCUAUUUUACCUUACAGGAUGAAUCUUUAGCCAAAAUUAAGCUUGCUAAAACAAAGUAUAUUCCUGAUUCAGGCUUAGAAUCUAAUUAUCAAGAGUAUUUAUGCCACAAAAAUAUCUUAGAAGCUUGUGCUUCUCAAAGCUCUCAGUUUUCAAAUUAUUUUUUACAAUUCCACACAAUAAAAAAAGCAGACCAAAAAUUGUGCAUAAAUUUAUUUAAUUUUUGAAAUGAGAUUACAUCUACUAAGCCUGAUCUUACUAAAUUGAAAAAAAGUUUAUCCAGAAUAAAUAACGAAAUUUCUGAAUUAAAUUCAAAUUACCAUCAGAUUUUUACUAAAUUCCCGAAUUCUAGAGAAUCUUUGGCUCUAUAUGUUUCAUAUACUAAAGAUAUCACUUAUGAGUAUGAAAAAUCAAAUUUAAUUGAGGUAAAGCUGAGGGCAAUUGAAAGAUCUCAGUCAAACCCUAUCAAUAAUUCUAGCAAUUUCAGCUAUUUUAAUGAUAAUAAUGGGGUUCUCGUAAUUUCUAAUGAACCAAGCAAUUUUGGAGAAAUUCUGUUUGCAAACCCAAAAUCUUCAGAAAUUUUUAAGCUCCCUUUAAAAAACAUAGCUAGUGACAAUUUUUUUAAUUUUAUUGAUCCUUAUUAUAAAGAAAGAGUCAGAGAAAAAUCCAAACAAUUUAUUCAGUUCAGCUCAGUAUCAGAAAUCGAUUUAAGCCAGGGAUUUUUUUUAACAGUCCGCAACAACUUAUUAGACUGUACAGGAAAAUUAUGAGCAACCUCAAUAAAUAGCCUACUUGUAGCUAUACUUGUCUUUAAGCCAAAAGAAAAUUCGCAUCAAUUUGCAUUAGUUUCUGAGUCUGGAGAAAUAAUUCGUUAUUCAAGAAAUUUUGCGAAAAUUUUAAGAAAAUCUGAUGAAAAUUUAAUAGGGUGCAAGCUUAAAAAAUUAUUUUUUAAAUCAGAAAAUUUUGAAUGAAAACUGGAUUUUCCUUAUCAUAUAAAGCAAAAUUUUGGUGAAUAUUUGCUCAUUCUAUCAUUAUAUGAAAUUUAUAACAUAAAAAUUCCAUAUAUUAUCCUAAUAAAUGACAGUGAAGAAAUAUUUAAAUGGCAAAAUUCAAAUAAACCUGCACAAAAUGACCAAGAAAAGCUAGAGGUCGCUACCAAUAAAUUAUCAGUAAAUUUUGCAGAAUGUGACACUUUUCGUACAAUCAGCUCUUAUCAUAAAGAAAAUCAGCGAGAUGAAGACUUGGACUCGAAAAUGAAUCUUUUUACUGAUGAAGAUGCAAAAAAUUCAUCAGACCAGCAGGACGCAAAAUCCCAAGUAUCAGUCACUGCUAUCCAGCACAAGUUCCUCAAUAUGGUACAUUCAUCAGCUAGGUCCAUCAAUAUUUUACACCUCGCUUUUGUUUUUUCUGUAAUUUUUAUUCAGAUUAUAACUGUUUUAGCAGUAAAUAUCGCGGUUUUGGCCUAUGCCUUUGCCGAUAUAAAAUUUAUAAGUGAUAUGAAUCUUCUGGUUAACAUUGGAAAAGCUGGGAAAAAUUUUCAAAGAAUUGCACUUUAUGCACAAAUUUUGCUGAUAGUCCCAUCACUUCAGAUUGAAAAUGGCGAUUUAUUAAUAAUAGCUUCAGUUGAAAAAUAUGUACAAGCUCUGUCAGAACUGGAGACUGUUUAUUCCAGCAUAAUAUCAAAUUCCAGAAAUUGAAAUGCCUGUUCCAGCCAAAGUAUUUUAGGUGAAGACAAAAUGAAUUUAUGAAGCACAGAAGAUUGAACCGCAAGGGAAAAAGCAAAUUUAAUAGAUACAAUUUCAAUGUUUAUAAAAAAUGUAAAAUAUAUUCAGGGAAAUGAAUUUGAAAGGAAACUGGCAGAUCCAUCAGAAAAUCCUUGAAGCGUGUACAGAUUUUUGCUGCUUAAUGGGUGGGGAGUGGCGCUCGACUAUUGUAAUCAAUCAUUAAUUGAUAUCAUAGAAUGCCAAGAGUCAAUGAUGAUUGAAUUUAAAUCUCAAAUGAUUAUUCUACUAAUAUUAGGCCCUGCGGUACUUAUUGCAUGCAUUUUGAUGAUACUCCCGUUUUAUUACUCGAUUUUUAAGAUUGAAAAUAUACUUUGAAAUAAUAUAAGAAAAAAUGCUUUUAAUAGCUAUUCUGAGCUUAAACAAACAAUUUUGGAAAGACUCAAAGAAGUCCAUGCUAAGUCUGAAAACCUUUUUUCUUAUUCUCCUUUCUCAAUGAAAAACAAAACCAUUAGAAAAAUCCUAAUUUUUGUGUAAAAUCACCUCUGAGAGCAAACAAAAAAUUUUUUAAAUAUAAAAAUUGUAUUUUGAUAUAUAUAUAUAUAUAUAAAUAAUUAGGAGAAGAAAUAUCUAGCUGUUUCUAUUGAAUUUGCAUUUUAAACAUAAAUUUUAUAAAUUAAAUUAAAAAAUUGGGAUUUUUUUGAAUUUCGAAAAUAAAAAUUUUACACUUUAUUUUCAAAAAUUUAAUCUCUGAAACAAAAUUUUGUUCGCUGAUAUAUGAGAGGAUUUAUCAAAACCCCUCAAUGGAACCUUAUAUUUUUAAAAGCUAUUGGAGGUAUUCGUGGAGAAUACUUGCAUAUCUAGCCGCUGUUAUAUUGUUUUGCUUGAUAAACACGACUUAUCUUUAUGAAGAAUGCUCACAAUAUUUAAUGGAUAGGCCAGAAGUAUUAAAAGAUUUAAUACAAAAUCAGAUUCUGUAUACUACUGCAGCUGUUUGGGGACAGCAAAUGUCUGGCGAAACAUAUGGUCUUGGAUUAUGACUCCAGUUCCCUUUUGCAACCCCUUUUUCUCGCAGCACACCCAUAAUAAACUCCACAAUUAUUAGCAUUGAGAAUAAAAAAUUAGCCUUAAGAAAUUCUAAGUUUUCAUCAAUUUUGUCAGAUAAUUUUAGAAGGCUUUUUUAUGAAAAUAAUAAUGGAGUUUGCCCAUAUUUUGAUCUUGGGGUAUAUGCAGCUCAAGAAUUAUGAAGAUUUGAUAUAUAUACUCUCGCAUACGGAAAUUCAAAUCCGCAAUUUUGGGUUGAUUUUAUGGAUAACCUUCAGCAUAUAGAUGAGUUUUAUACCAGCGCUAUAGAUGAAAUUGAUAAAUACUCGCAAAGUGUCAUUGAUGACCAAAUGAAAAUAAUAACAAUCUCACUUAUUAGCUUCAUUAUGUGCUCGUUUGUGGCUUAUUUUGGAUUUUAUUUGCUGUUUUUCAGAAAUGAAAAAAAAUAUAUGCAGAAAAUCAAUGCGAUAUUGAAAAUUAUCCCUAGUAAAUAA